GAUUUAAAUAGUCAUAUAUAAAUAACAAGUAUACAUCUCAUAGUUGGCAUGUAGAAAAUAUUCAACAUAUCCACAGCAGGAGUGUGCGUUAAUAGAAGAGAAGAAUAUCAUUUUGUAAAGAGACAGCUUGAAGUAUUCAUUUCAAGCAUAUCUUUAAAUUGAAGGAAGGUUAAUGACUAAGAUACAUGUAACAAUUUAGUACUAUAUAACCUAUGAAAAUCCUUCUUGGUGUUAAAAACUCUUUCCGCUGAUUUCUGCAACAUUUAUUGUAAAGCAGUCCAACAACGGAUAUUGAUGUAAAAAAAACAACGCAAAAACCUCUACAAGCGAUAAAAUGAUGUUUCAUCGUCUUCUUUUACCAUUCUUGUUAUGGGUAGGAAUUUCAUAUGCAGCAAACGAGGCACUAAUACCAUUAGAUCACAUUUGUGACUCUGGCUAUUGCAACUUUGAAUUUAAGGUGGAAGGAACGUACUAUUUCAGAAAUAAGAAUGACGUCUCCAGAAUGGAAAUUCAGAGAUUCCCGAAUAGCUUUUUAGACACGAGCAAUAUGCAGUUAUUACAAAGUGUGUUCAUCCAGUACACUGAAGAUCUGCCGGAAGAACCUUGUAGAAUAUUCGUCAAUUUAAAUGCCUGCAUUGAUCUGUACAUUGGAUCUAGCAAUGAGCCAGUUCAUUGUUGCAAGCAGAGUGAAACUAAGAGAGCUACUAGUGCAAGUGAGACUUCUGCCACAAAGGUAGGAUAACUUUCCUUUCAGUUUGCGUUAUAUAUAUAUAUACAUGUGUGCGUGUGUACCAGUUUGUUUCAGCUUUUUUUUAAACAAUUGUGCUAGAAGCACUAAGUGAAUGAAUCAUUACCAAGAUAAAAAAUAUUGAGAGGUUUUAUAACAUUCUUACAUGAUGACUUUCAUAAAUAGCCUGUAGACUAAUGAAGUAAUUGCAUCAAUUUAGACAUGCACAAGUGGUUAGAC